AUGGAGUUUGAUGGUGAUCACCUUGACCAACUAGACAACUUUAGUGAAGUGGAAGCUAAUGCCAACCAGCAGGUUUUUCACCAGGAAGGAACAAAUCAACAACAGAUGGGACGAGAGACUCAGAAAGGGAAAAACUCGCAACGAAGGAAAGGCAGUACCAACAAAAAGAAGUGCUGGAAGAGGGACUCUGAUGGCAUAGUUCUUAAAAAAGGACGGAAGAAAAUGCUAGAGUUUCUGUCUGUGAAGCGUGCUGCUUCUGAGCAUUCAUCAUUACCUGGUGGAAUCCUAGAACCUGGUGAGAAAUUCCCCAGAAGAUUUAAACAAAUAUUUAAUAUAACUCUCAGGGAAGAAAUUGAUGAGAAGCUAAAAUGUGGAGGUCAAGAGGUAUAUAAAGGCUAUAUCGAUGAUGGAAGAAACACUGAUAAUGCAUGGAUUGAAACUACAGCCAUUAACAUUCAUUUUGACAUCGAUGAUGAGUUAAUAGAAAGUUUUAACCAAGUUUGUUUGCAAACUGCCACAUCAGAUACCAUUGUGACGUGGCUAUUGGUGGAUCAAAACAUUUCAGUACACGACAGCCACAAACCUAUCCUCCAAAUGGUUGCUACAUUCUAUGGAGCACAUUACUGAGCUGGAACAAAAUGAGUCCACAUUCUGAAACUUGCUGCUACGGUGCACUAAUUUUGCAGAGCAUUUUCUGUAAAUGAAGACUGUUCUCAGAAUAUGGGAAUUAAUUGCACUAACUAUUAUAGCACUUUUUGGAAAGGUUUACAGUCUUACUUUAAAAGGAGGAGUAAUUUGGAGUAAUUUAAUUUUCCUGUCCACUUGAAUUAUUUGGACUUUGAAUUACUCUGUUUCUCUUACAUAUGCACUUAUGCAUUUUCUGCAUUCAUUCUUUUUCUGAUGGCCACUAUAUCCUGUUCUGGAUUACAUGAGAAGUGUACCCUAGCCAAAUAAGCAAUGGGAGUAAAACAGAGAAAAGCGGGAAAGAAUUAAUGCACAGGUUUAGUGGUAAGAUUUUUGCCUGCUUGCUUUCAGUUUGCAAGGUUCAUUACUGUCCUUUGAUUGCUCUCUGUAGGGAGGUUGUAUGUUUUACUCAUAUCUGUGCGAGUUUUAUGUGGGUGCUUCUGCUUCUUCCCACUUCCCAGCAAUAUACUGGUUUAGUAGCUACACUAAGCUGUUUAUAUAUUUAUCUCUGCAUGUGUGGCUUUGCUUGCGACUGAAAAGGAGCCUGUGGAAUACCGUAACUAUGUAACAAAUUAUUAAGAAAUAUAUACGUGUGUGUGUGUAUAUGUAUGUGUGCAUGUAUAUAUAUAUAUAUAUAU